UCCGGGGCCCUCUAGCCUCCUCUCCUCUCCCCCGUCCGUUCUCCUGGCGGUGGGGUGGGGGUGUGGCCUCCUGGCUCUUCCUCCUCGUCCUCGCCCUCCUCUCGACCGCUAGCUCACCUCCCCGUCACCAUAUAAACCCUAUCCCUCUCCGGUCCCCGCCUUGUCGUGACGCGCCCCGCGCCGCCGCCGGCGACAAGCUCGCAGGAGCAGCAGCAGCUGCCGCCCCCCACCACCGAUGGCGACCGCCGUGGCGUCGCAGCCGCGCCACCUCCCCCUCGGCGCCGGCGGAGAGCCCAGGUGCACGGCCAGCACAUCGAAGGUUCAUACUCUGGAGAAAGUAUAUGGUUUCAGAUUCCUAUGUAGAAGCGUUGUUGAUGUAAAGAGCCACAAAUUCCACUCCCGCAUUUCAAAGAGGAAGUGCGACUUGAGGAACUCACCGUCGGAGUGUGACAGGACCAUCCACAGUGCUAGAUGGUUGGAGUUUCGGAGACACAAGGGACUCUUCCAGAGAACUAGAAGGAUGGUUCACAUUAUUCCAUUGGCUUCUGACGAUGAUGGCAACCGUGUAUCUGUUAAUGGAGCUCCGCAAGUUGGUUCGACAAGCAACAUUGAUGAAAUAAGGUUGAAACUGAAUAAAGCAUUGCAGAGUGAAGAUAUCAGCAAUGGACUCGUCCAGUCAGUACAUGAUGCUGCGAGAUCUAUUGAGUUGGCUUUCAUAGAGCACAGCAAAUCGUCAAAGAGCUCAUGGUUUCCAAAGACAUGGCUGGGUGUUGAGAACAAUGCUUGGAUAAAAUCACUGUCUUACCAGGCUGCUGUAGACUCAUUGUUGCAAGCAGUUAUUGAUGUUUCAUCUCGUGGGAAUGGCAGAGAUAGAGAUAUUAAUGUAUUUGUUCAACGGAGUUUGUCCCGCCUGCUCACCCCCCUCGAGAGUGUUAUCAAGAAUGAAUUGUCUAAGAGGGAACCUACAUUGUAUGAAUGGUAUUCGUCCAAUCAAAAUCCUUUGGUGGUGGGACAAUUUGUAAACAUUUUUGAAAAGGAUCCAAUGUUUAACUCUGCUACAGCAAUAUGUCGUGAAGGGGAGCCAAUGAAUACUAGUGAAAGUGAUCUUUCUCUGCUUAUGCUAGGAUUGAUCUGUCUUGCUGCAAUCACAAAGCUUGGAUCAGCAAAAGUUUCUUGUCAGCAAUUUUCUUCAAUGGUGCCUGAUAUUAUUGGUCGAUUCAUGGAUAUGCUUCUUGAGUUUGCUCCUCUAAGUAAAGCAUAUAACUUGACGAAAGAUAUUGGCCUUCAGAGAGAAUUUUUGUAUAAUUUUGGUCCUCGUGCUGCUGUUCCUAAACUUGGUAAUGAUCAUGGGCUUGAGAUAUCAUUUUGGAUUGAAUUGGUUCAGAAACAAUUACUCCGGGCACUUGAUCGUGAAAAGAUAUGGUCAAGACUGACAACAAGUGAAAGUAUUGAGGUUCUGGAAAAGGAUCUUGCAAUAUUUGGUUUUUUCAUUGCUUUGGGUAGAAGCACACAAGGAUAUUUGUCUUCCAAGGGUCUGACUGAUUUGGAUGAUUCACUGAAUGGUAUUGUAAGGUAUCUUAUCGGUGGGAGUGUACUAUAUUAUCCACAGCUGUCCUCAAUUAGUUCAUAUCAGCUGUAUGUGGAGGUAGUCUGUGAAGAGCUCGAGUGGCUUCCUUUUUACAAUGAUGAUGUUCCAAGUGCAAAAACUGAUACUGAAGGCAGAGAAGAAGUGUCUAAAGGAGAAGUCAUAUCAAGAGUCCUAAAUGUGUGCUCUUACUGGAUGACUAGUUUUAUAAAGUACAGCUCAUGGCUUGAGAACCCUUCAAAUGUGAAGGCGGCAAAAUUCCUUUCUAAGGGACAUGCCAUGUUGAGUGACUGCAUGAAGGAGCUUGACAUAUCAAGAAAUAAUAUGUCAAAAGGCUGUGGCUUCCCAGGACCUGAAGAAGAAUUGGAUACUGGAACAGAGUUAGCUUCCUUUGACAAGUCACUUGAAAGUGUUGAAGAAGCUUUGGUUAAGUUAGAAAAUUUGCUUCAAGAAUUACACGUUUCCAGUUCGAACUCUGGUAAGGAGGAUCUACAGGCUGCAUGCUCUGAUCUUGAAAUGAUAAGAAGACUGAAGAAAGAAGCUGAGUUUCUUGAGGCAUCCUUUCGAGCAAAAGCAGAAUAUCUGGAGGCCGAUGCACCUGCAGAGGAAGGACGUGUAAAGACAGGUAGCAGGACGAACGAUACAUCAGCACCACAAAAAUCAGGAAGCAGGGUGGAUAAUAAACGCCGUCCAUUUUGGGACUUCUUUGGUCGGUCUUUGGGAAAGAAAGUUGAUCCAGCUCUUGCAGAUCAGGAUGGCACUGUUGACAAUGUGGAGAAGAAAGAUGGGGAGUCAAAUGACAUCCUCCGCUUUGAACAGUUAAGGCGUGAGCUGAUUGAGUUAGAAAAGCGGGUGCAGAAGAGUGCAGAUGAAGCUCAAAAGGAGGAGGAGAUGGUUGUCACAGACGAAAUAAUUGCGCCAUCACCUGGUUCAUCAGUUCCUUCCGGCCAGGCUACCAAGAAAGAAAAUGUCAUAACUAAAUCAGUGGAGAAGGUCAAAGAGACUACAACGACUGUGUUGCAGGGGACACAACUCUUAGCAAUUGAUACAGGAGCUGCUAUGGGUUUGCUAAAAAGAGCUCUUAUUGGGGAUGAACUAACUCAGAAGGAAAAGCAGGCUCUUCAAAGAACCUUGACAGAUUUGGCAUCUGUUGUUCCUAUAGGAAUACUCAUGCUUUUGCCACUCACCGCCGUUGGUCAUGCUGCUAUUUUGGCUUUCAUCCAAAGAUAUGUGCCAUCGAUGAUCCCGUCCACAUAUGCUCCCGAUAGGUUGGAUCUCCUUAGACAGCUUGAGAAAGUGAAGGAAAUGGAAGUUGCUGAAGGCAGCAGUGAAGAUAUAUUGGAGGCCGUUGGUUCGAGAACUGAGCAAGUGAAAUAAGCUGGCCAUGUACAGAUGGACGAUUAUACUGCUUAGCUUACGAUCUUUCCUGUAAAGUUGUUUUGGAACACGACAUGAGGGGUUUAUUUUGUUUAAAGAUUCUUUGAAUGACACAUACCGCUGGAAACAGAACUGCAAGGCCAUACGAAUAACCAAUCAUCGGGUCGAUAAGGCGAAGAAAGAUCCUUCCAAAUGCUCCACGUCUGUAGGCUGUAUCCAUACUUCACAGUAUACAUGGGCGCAUGGUGCCCUUCAACAUAGUAGAGGGUGAAUGUCCAAGCUCCUCUUGGGCAGUCUGUGUAGGGUAGUGGUUUUGGUAGAGGAUUGUAUAUAUAGUUAAUAUGUUGUGUUGAUGAUCAUUUUUUUCUCAUGCAGCCUCCACCUGGAGGGGGAGUAAAACCUUGUAACCUUGUUUUUUGGGAACCAAGGGAAUGCUUCAUUCCCUGUAUCCAAAUUGCCAAGUUCAGUGAACUAGUUAAUGGCCAAGUUUUAGAGCCUUCAUAAAUCACACGCUUCAGUGGCGGCUUACGGGCGUUUUUUCUAA